GUUUGUUUUAAGUGAAACCAGUUGUCGAGCAAACUUGAAGGUGGGUGGACGUACAUCGUGCGUAGCCUGGAAAAGUAAUAUUUGAAUAUCGGUUGUUUACAAGUGCAGAAUUUUUUCCUCUAUUAACAAGUUUUGUGCGGAAAAGUUUUUCACGUAACGAGACUCGAAGUUUGGAGUAGUCGGUAACGCGAAACUUCAUUGAAGCAAAAAAUUUAUUCGGUUGACUUUUGUCGAAGAAGAAUCAAACUUUUGGGUUGGCGGUGUAUGUUGAGUACAGAAGCAAGAAGCAAGUUAGUUGAAAACAUUGCGUGUGAGCAGCCUUUUGAAUUAAAGGUGAAGCCUUACUAGUGUCGUGCAAAUCGGGGCGCAAAACGCCACGGAAUCAUCAAGCGUAUCGUGUGUACUGUGGCCAGUGAGUCGGUCCAGUUAAAAGGAUUACCUGAAAUUAUCGCAAGUUUUUAGUUUUGGUGUGUUUGCGUUUGAAGUACGCUGUGUACGCGAAUUGACGUGAUACUCCGACGCAAAAAAGAUCGAAGAGAGUAAAAGUAUGACGGAGCUAAUGGAUUUAAGAAUGCAUCACCACUUGGCGCUCCAGACGGAGAUCUAUCGGCAGCAAAUGCUGCAACGUUUACCAGAUCCUUAUCCGACGAUGCUACCGGUGCCGGCACCACGGCCGCUGAUGUUGUCUCCGCGCUUCCCUCUGCCAGCCGAGGUGGACAUCAAGCUGCAGAACAAGGAACUCUGGAGUCAGUUCCACCGCAUCGGUACCGAGAUGAUCAUCACCAAGAGUGGACGACGAAUGUUCCCCUCGAUGCGGCUCUCGAUCAACGGCCUUGAAGCGGAAGAGAACUAUUGCGUACUGAUCGAGAUGGUCCCCAUCAGCGACUGUCGGUUUAAAUUCAGCGGCUCUCAGUGGGUGCCAGCUGGCGGCGCCGAACCUCAGAGCCCUCAGCGAAUGUACCUGCACCCGGACAGUCCCGCCCUCGGAUCCCACUGGACCUCCCAACCGGUCGUCUUUAACAAGGUCAAGCUGACCAACAACACCUUGGACAGUAAUGGACAUAUCGUUCUCACCAGUAUGCACAAAUAUCAGCCCCGCAUCCAUAUCAUCAAAACGUCGGAUCCUUCCCAGAUCCCGUGGUCACCGCAGUCGGCGUUUACGUUCCCGGAGACCGAAUUCGUUGCCGUUACCGCUUAUCAGAAUGAUCGCAUCACCAAGCUGAAGAUCGACAAUAACCCAUUCGCCAAGGGAUUCCGGGAAACGGGCCAGUCUCGCUGCAAGCGAAAGGCCGGACUCAUGAACUCUAGCUCUCGAUCGGCCAAUUCAGGUGCCGAAGACUCCGAUGAAUCCGAAUUUACCGGCCCGGAACUCAAGCGACAACGAACGGAUAGUGCCUCUUUAGACGACAGCGACAUCUCCGUUAGCGAUUCCUCCAGUAGCGGAACCAGCUCCCCGGUCAACGUUGAUGAUCUCCCUCUACGAUCGCAUCCACAUCCCUACGGACAACCCUUCCACCAGAUGUUGAAUCCCUCGGCAAUGGCGGCUGCCGGCUGGAUGGAUCUCAUGUUCCCCUACUUCCAGCAACAGCAACAACACUCCCACAUCCCUCUGGCACCCCAGCACCACAAUCUUCAUCAUCAGCUCAAAUUCCCAAUGACCGUAUCCCCCAAAGCUCUGGUAGAACAGUCCGUCGAAACUUCCGGCAAAAAGCUCGGCUUCAGCAUAUCCGCCAUCCUCGGCUACGAUCGGUAAAUUCAACAAACAAAAAACUGAGACAGCAACGGGAGAAACUAUCAGCCAAAGAACAAAUCUCUUCGUAAUCGUAACGGUGCAACAAAGCAAAAGAAGCAAGCAAACGAACGAAAGGAAGAAAAAAAACGACACGGGUGUAAAUUAGUUCCUCACACAUUCACACCUGGAUGUGAUAGCGUUGCGUCGUCGUCGUCAACGAACGAUCGCUGAAGCCGCCGCAGACGCCAUUUCCCUAUGGACCCCCGACAGCAACAAAAACAACAAACUGCAGACAGCAUCACUCGGAUGAUGGCUAAGCAAACACACUCGCUCGCUCGGGGAAGAAUGCAACAAAUGAUCAACAACGAAACGAGGAAACAACAGCCAACAACGACGAGCUAAUCUUGUUUGGGGGCUCUUUCAGGGUUUUGUGAUUUUUGCCAAACAACUGAUGCCAUUGUGAGUUGUUGUCGUUGUUGUUCGCCAUCGUCGUCGUCCAUAUGCCAUGCGUUCGGAAUUGGUUCAAUUUGCUGGAAUCCAGAAAUAAUGAAUGUGGUGUGUUCCUACUUUUUUUUUUAGACCGUUCUUUAUUUAGUGUGCAAUCUUGUGUAUGUGUAUAGGAGCAGCAGUUUUGAAAAAAGAUAAAAGAAGGCAAAUGAGAUGAAGUUAGGGAUUAGAUAAGGGGCCUGCAGAAAGAAAAGCUAAGACGGUUUAGAAGAUCCGUUUGCAAAAGAAGCGCAGAUGCAACGAGAAUAGGUCAGAAGCAAAGCAAUUGUUAAUUAUUUUUAGAAACUUCACUGAUCGUGUGCAUAGAAAGCGAAAGUCAAGUGAGUACUCUAUUAUAGUAAUAGCCAGAGAUGAACAAACGUAGAUACCCAUAUGAAUAGGUAGGUAGAUAGAGACAUUUUACUUUAGAGCGAUAGGAUCUUUGGUUCUACGGUUCAUGACAUUAUUAUUGUUAUGCGAUAGGAUACAAUUGUUUUAGAUUUGUUAAGCCAGAAAUCCUCUCGGAAGAACUAUUGUUUCAUUUGUAUAAAUUAUUUUGUAGGUUUAUAGGAUCGAAAUAUUUCAUUAUCGAAAUCUUAAAAGACUGUAUACAAUCAAUAAAUAGCAAAACAAUCAAAAUAAA